AUGAGAUUCUCCCUACUCGCAGUCGUCACGCUAGUGACAAGCUCCAUCGCAGCACCCACCGAAAACUCCCUCGCCGUCCGAGAAUCCCAUCUCGUCGACGCGGAAGGCAAACUCAACGCCCUCGCAUUCGAUCUCGACGGUUUCGUCACCGACCCCGAGGCCCAAAAGGCUACCACAAAUGCCAAACGCUCCAAAGAGGAGCCUCUGGCUAAGACUUCCGUGAUCAAGCACAAGUCACGAAAGGGCAAGAAGAAGCCUUACAAGAAACAUCCCAAGAGACUUAUCAGUCUCAAGAUUUCUUCAACUGGCUUCAAGAAUGGUGGUGAAAUUGUCAAGAGCUUGGAUAGUGCUUUUGACGAAAUCGCUCCCCAUACUGACAAAACCGAUGGCAUUCUUGCUCAAGUCCAAGCUGGAAAACUAUCCCAGGCAAAGGGCAUGACCCAAGCCCUCAAAGAAGUCUCCGCCAUCCGCACCAUCCUCUCUGGUCCCCUAAGCCAACUGUCCGCCACCCGUAACCUCAAAUCUCUCGACAUCACCCCCACACAGCGCAACCUAAUGAUCGAAAACAUCGAUGAUCUCCUCACGGAGAUUAUCCGCAUGAUCGAUAAUUUCCUGCGCUCUCUCGACCCCAACCCUGGGCUAAACGCCUCGUUACAUCCUCUGAUGAACGUCCUUACAAGUAUCCUGCAAAGUCUUGCUACUCUAGACAAUCAGAAGCUUGCCCCUGAAAUUCGAGAUCUGGUUGGAAAGAUUCUAAAGGAGCAGGCUGCCGACAAUGAUGGCAGUGGUCUUACCGUGUUGUUGAGUGGAAUCGAAAAUAUUCUGUUGAGUUUCUUUGGUAAACUCAAGACCCUUGACAUAUGA